AUUCAAGCACCAUUUAAGGACCAAUGUACCCAAUAGCUCAUGGAAGAAAAAAAUCAAAUCAGGACAUCCUUGGUUUCCAGGCUACCGAAAUAUGGAACGAAAACUUUAGGAAGUGUUUUGCAACCUAUGCCAAAUGGGACAGCUGUUAGUUUAGCAGGGAAUAACGGCGGCAAAAACUUCGGCAAGCACAAUGGCACUGUUCGCAUGUCUUCCUUUUCUUUCAACUGGAAAAAAUCAAAUCAGUAUCAACUUCACGAUCAAAAUGGGAAAGAGACCAACUCUAAACAUAACUCCAAUGAAAAAUUAAUUGAUUCGGAGAAGUAUUCUCAAGGAGCAUUGGGUAAUGAUGUGCUCAGGGUGGGUUUGAACAGUGCUGCUUCAGUUGCAUCAAAAGCAGCAAAGCAAACCAGUAUGUUUGUAUCUUCUACUGAGGAAUUAAACCCAAAGUCUUUGCCUGGACUUUCUAGUUCAGCAAAAUUUGCCAAAGGUACCCUGUCAGGAAGGACCUCAUACUCUGGACUCAGUGCUCCAAAAUCACAUUUAAAUGGAUUUUAUGGAAAUAGGCCAGUGGUAGGUUUGCAGAGACCUAGAGCUAAUUCCAGUGCCACAAGGACAAGUUCAGGAGAAAGCCUGGCACAAUCUACAGACAAUAGCAAGGAUUUUUCCUGUGAAAAAAUGGUAAGAUCACAAAGUUUUUCACAUUCCAUUCAGAAUUCUUUCCUUCCUACUGCAUCUUUAACCAGGUCACAUUCCUUUAAUAAAGCUGUGGAUCUUACAAGGCCUUACCAUAGUCAAAACCUAGCUGCCAGGACAUCUCAGAGGUCGACUUUGUUGUCAAGAAAUGCUCGUCAGUUGGAUGUACCCAAUGGAAAUGAACCUAUGAAGUAUGGAUUUACCAGGCCCUACUCUGGUAUGUCAGCUCCUUGUUCAAAGAAGCCCCCGCUGUCAAAUGGAUCUGGGUCAGCCCCUUCUUUUGGAUACAGAUUAAGUCGCCCGUCUCUGCUGAAGCCUGCCAGGCAGCGAUUUGCUGGAAAUAUCAUUGUAGAUGGCAGCAAAAGUACAACUUCUGACACGUGCAUUGUGGAGAACUCUGAAAUUUCAACCAAUAUUAAUAGAGCAAUUGAGAAAAACAGUAUUCUAGAGAGCAAUGCUCAAAGAACAGAAUCUGAUGAGAGCCUACAUGAAAGUGUGGGAAAACACGGGUCAAAAGUGAUGUGUAUGAGUGAUGAUGGAGAUGAAAUAUCUAUAUCUUCUUUGUCAUCCUCUGAAAAAAAUGAUUUGAGUGAAGACUUCAGUGAUGAUUUCAUAGAUAUAGAAGACCCAAACAGAACUAUACAAAUACAGCAAAAGGAGAGCUGCCUUCAAGAAUUAGAGCAUGGGGCUAUAACAUCCAUUGAGCCGUUCAGUUCUCUCAAGGGAAGCGAAGGAUCUUGCUGUAAUACUGACGACUGGCUUGAUAUAAAUGUGUCUGCAGUGGAUGACAACAGUGAAAGCACAAAGCAUAGUGCUGAGAACGUGAUUUCUCCGGAGAUGAAUUACAGAGCUGGGUCCUCUUUUGAGCUUUCCCCAUCUGACAGCUCUGAUGGCACAUAUAUGUGGGAUGAAGAAGGAUUGGAACCUAUUGGAAGUGUCCAUCCAUGUGGAAGUUAUGAAUCUUCAGAAAUGAACAGCAUAGAUAUCUUGAACAACCUUGAUUCAUGUGAUCUUGAAGAUGAUGAUCUCAUGCUUGAUGUGGACCUGCCUGAGGACUCACCGCGUGACAAAGAGGAAUGUGAAAAUAUGAGCCGCUAUGAUAGACAAGACAGAAAUGCUAGGCAACAUCAGGAAGGAUUCUGGAAAAGAGCACCACAGCAGCGAUGGAAUACACAGGAUCACUAUCAUCUUGGCCAUACUGAUCACUAUAUCCAUGGUAAAAAUGAUUUGAACAGGGGAUCCAACUACCUAGAAUCUCCUAUUGGUCACUUUGAAAGCUAUGGAGCACCAAAUUUUUACCAGGCUCCUAGACAACUGGUGGGCUUACCGGAGAAUACUGUGAUGCUUGAUGAAAUGACACUUCGGCACAUGGUCCAGGACUGCACGGCUGUAAAAACUCAGUUAUUGAAACUGAAGAGAUUACUGCACCAGAAUGAUGAAAAUGUGUCACUCCAGGACAUCCCACUCUCGGUUCCAUCAAGUCCAGAACCACAAGAACCUGAGUCAACUUUUAAGAUGGACGAUCUCCUGAAUGAGAUCCGGCAGCUUAAAGAUGAACUGAAGAAAAAGGAUGAAACAAUCAACCAGUUAGAGCAUCAACUUGCCACUAGAUGUAACUGCCAGAAAGACAGUCAAAAACCUACAGGGGCAACGUGCGCAUAUGCUGAUAAAUUUACACAAACCUCCUGGAGGAGGAGUUCUCCUCAAGUACUACAGCCUUCCAGCAGCCUUCCCAGUUCCACAGACCUCGCCCAGGGAAAACUAAUAAAAAUGCCACAUAUCGAGGCCCACAGUGAAUAUCCUAAACAUGGUCUGCAUGAAUAUAGCAAUCAUCAGAAUCAAAAUGCUGCAAAUGUCUCUCUCACAAAUAGCCUGAAUGAUGUAAACUCUUUAAGGAGCAUACGAUUAAACAUAAAAGAUGAGAAUACGUCAUAUUUGGAAAAUGUGAACAAUAAAAAUACCGAAGGCCCUGCAGAGGUGGCUGGUAAUAAAGAAGGUAUGUUACCAUCUCGAUCCUGUGUUCAGAUCUCUACACGAGCUGAUGCUAGAGAGGUGCAGACUGAAUUAGCUGUGAAAAGUCAACCCUCAUUCACAAACCAGGCUUCUCGGCCAAAGACUCUCAGAAUUGCAAAGCCCCCAAAUGCUUUAGUGCCUCCUACGGCGGCCGUUCUCGCGCGAUCUGCAAAUCAUUCCGCUGCUUCCAAGGAGGGUGAGCUGCUGCCGUUAAGUAGUUCAACUCAACUACAGCCAACAUCUGGUCAGGAUAACCUAAAGGCUAAACAGAAUCAGAAAGUGUCUAGACUUCGCCCACCGACUAUGUCCUUUGUUAAAUCUAAGCAAACGAGCAGUCAGAAAGCCACAGCAGUAUCUCCAGAGCCUCAAAACACCUGCCUGAAGACUAACAUCCCAAAGCCACUGGUACAGAGAAAAGAGAACAUGCAGACACAGAAUGCGGCUGUGCAUUCUGCGGAUAGUUUGCCAUCUAAUCGGUAUUCCCGCCUCCCGAAGCCAAAGACACACUGAGAACCUACCUACAUCUCACUGAAUGAUGCCAUACAUCAGUCUUCUUCCUGUGUUUUGACUGCCUUUGAGGCUGCUUUAUCUACAGCCUGCAAAUCCUGAAUAAAUAUUAAAAAGAGCAUCUUUUCUGUAGUGUUCGCAUACUCCAUCCUGUUAUGUUCUGAGCUGUGCAGCUUCUCUUGAGAGUGUUUUAUUACAGUGUAGGUUUGUAUUUAAAAAUCGUGUUGCCCAGUGAUCUUGGUAAUUAAGCAAAUACUGAAGUGUCUGGUGACCAGGAAUCCCAGAGUGCUGCACUGUGCAUUUCAGGAUGGCAGGAAUAAUUUCUUGCCUCUAUUUAUUAGACAGUGAAAUUAUUAUUAUUAUUCAUUUUAACUUCUUGGUUCUGAAUACCCAGUAGGUUAGAGUGGUGGAAAAUUAGGCUUACUAGCAAAUGUUUUAUUGGCCAUAAUCCUGACUCUGUAUUCCAGAGGCCUAUGCAAAAUUCCUUAUAUUUAUCAUUCUCUCGAGACUGACAUAUUUAAUGUUAUUUAAUCUGACGGGUUGGGUGGGUUGUGUUGUUUUGUUUUGCUGUAAUCUGAGGUUGCCCUGUUCUUUAUUUACCCCGUUUUCACUGUUCACAGACAACAGGCAGACUUCACAGGGUGAAACAAACCUUUUCUCUUAACCAUCAUCAUUUUGUUAAAAGAUUGUGGUAUGUUUUUAUUGUGUUGAAUAGACACGUUACUGGGUAGAAUCUUGAAACGCAGUGCGAAGGAUACUUGUGCAAAACUUUCCAAUGCAAGCUUUUAUGAAUUGGUAAGUAGGGAGCCUGUGGGCAUAAGGGGUCCGUAACACCGAUGUCGAGGUUGCACAACAUGCAUUUUAAUUAAUAUUUUUUUAACUUUUAUUGUACUGCUUGUAUUUAUUGAUUUGUUUAAUAUUGAAAGACUCUGAAGUACCCGACUUGAAAUUUUGCACAAACUUUUGACCUAUGUGUAAGGAUUUGAAACUAUUUUACAGAAUAAAACUUAUAUUAAAAAAGGAACUAUUUAAAAAAAAAAACCAACACCCACUUAUUUGCUUUGAGCAAUCCUGUUAUGUCCUAAUCCAGAGCUGGUACUCUUUAAGAGUUUUUCAGAGAUGUUUAUUGGUUUUGGGGUUUUUGUAAAUUUUUUUUUUUUUUUUUUGUAAUUUCUGAAGUAGUGCAUGAUAACUGGGAAGGAGCUUUUUUGGGGAAAUAAACCAAAAAUAAUAAAAAAAAUAAUUCCUGCUCUCUAGGAGAAGUAUUUUUUUCUGAAAGUGGUCUGGAAGUAUAUGCCCAUCAUGGUGCAACUAUGGGACCAUUACACUUGUGCUGGGAGUUAAUUAUAUGCACAUCCAGUGAAACUCUAUGUCCCAUCUCCAGUUCUUCCCUUCUUUCCCAUCACUGUCUCUUGGAUAUUUCCCAUUGUUUGUUUUUUUUUUUCUGUUCUUGAGGUGGUUUUAAAAAUAAUCAGCAGAAGGCUGAUACAGUACCUCUGCUCAAAAUCUGUUCCUGAACAGCAUUCAAACGGAGCACAGUAGUAGCUUGUUUUCUAGGCUUUGGCUGUAGGAACUUGGCAUAUUACGGUAUUUUCUUUGAGAGAAUUAAAGUGAAUAAAUACAGACAUUUCAUAAAUAAGUUUAAUAAUUAACUUCUGUAAUAUAAGCCCCUUGACGAGGGGUAUCCUGAUGGAUACCUUAGUUGGAUUGGAGAAGGGAAAAAGUGUCACCUGCAUUUCUCGGUACAUAAUUGAUAUCCAAGAAAGUUUUUGUCUCACUAAAUUCUUUUAACUGACAAUGAAGUGGAAAAAUGAAAAGCUUGGGGG